CGCAAGGGGAAGGUCGUGGGGAACCCCUGCCCCAUCUGCCGGGACCGGAACCUGCUCGUGGAUUUUCGGAAUGUGAAGCUGCUGGACCAAUUCAUCUGCCCCCACUCCGGGGUCAUCUUCCACCCCACCCACACAGGAAUCUGCCUGAAGCAGCACAGGCGCCUCUCCCAGGCCAUCGCCCAGGCYCAGGACCACGGUCUCCUGUGGAUCCAGGUCCCCUUCGUGCCGGUUCCUCAGGAGGAUUUCUCCAACCAACACGCGGCCGUGGGGAAAACGCCCCCGGCGCCCGCCCUGAGGGAGCCGGGCCGCGUCUGGUACCCCUGGUACGAGUGGCAGCAGCCCCCCGCCGCCAAAGUGGCCCGGAUGCGCCGCCUUUACGGAGCAUUCCUCAAGGAGAAUUACCCCGAUACCCCCCCAAGCCCGUCGGGGAAAUAAAACAUUUAAA